AUGAUAAGUGGAGCAUAUGCGUCCGCUUGUCCGACGAUCAACCAUAGUGGAGGCCAGCUCGAGAUUCCUACAAUUGCCCUUGCAGCAUGGAAGUACGAAGAAGUCCUCAUCUACCUCACUUUUCUUCUCUUUAUUCUGGCAGUUGUUUUAUUAAAGAUUGCUUAUCACAAAAUUCCUCUGGUAGCGACUUAUUUCCCCGAAUCCCUGCUUCUGAUUGGUGUAGGACUAAUUUUUGGUGCUAUUCUGAGGUACACAGUUGCAUUUUGUGCAUUCGCCGAACACAUACGACUAACACCUCAGCUGUUCUUCAACAUCCUGCUUCCUCCCAUUGUUCUAGAAUCGGCCUACAGUUUGUACAAUCAAAAAUUUGCGCAGAUAUUGGGUCCCAUCCUGAUUUUCGCCUGUUUGGGAACUGUCCUAAACUUCCUCCUCAUCGGGACUGGCCUCUUGGUGGUGGACCAAGCCAUCGGGCUUGGCAAUCCUCAACUGGGACUCAGUUACCGGGAGUAUCUCCUGUUUGCCUCCCUUAUAGUUGCAGUGGAUCCUGUAGCGGUUCUAGCCAUAUUUCAGGAUAUCGGCGUGGAUCUGAGUCUCUACUACCUCGUAUUCGGAGAGUCCCUCUUGAAUGAUGCGGUCACUGUGGUGCUUUACAACAUAAUGAGCGCGUUUGUGGCAACAGAGGAGGUCACAACUGCGCAAGUUGCCAUUGGCAUUGGAUCCUUCUUUACCGUCAGUCUUGGCGGAGCUCUGAUAGGCCUCAUCCAUGGCGUCCUAUCUUGCCUGCUCACGCGUAUGAGCGUAGCCUCUGAAGGUCUGCUGCUCCUUCUCAUCAGUUACCUCGCCUACAUCGUUGCCGACAUGUUUGCCUGGUCAGGAAUCAUUUCGAUUAUCGUCUGUGGUGUGCUGCAAGCCGCUUAUGCCUUCCACAAUCUAACACAUCUCUCUGUCAUGUUGAUGAAAGCUGCGUUGAAGCAAAUUUCUGCUAUCAGUGAGGCAGUCAUCUUCCUGCUUCUCGGAUCGGAGGUCUUCGCUCUUAACCUUCAAUGGCACACCGGACUGACACUCAGCGCUUUGGUUAUAUGUCUGGUCGUGCGAACUCUCGUGGUCUUCACCCUGUCUACUAUUAUAAACCGAUGCCGGCUCAUAGAUAGCAAGAUAGAGUGGACAGAGCAGAUCAUUAUCAGCUACGGUGGUCUGCGCGGUGCAGUGGCCUUUUCGCUUGCGAUUCUAGUCAAUUCAAAAUUUCUGGGGACACAGGGUGCUCUGGCUAGGGACGUCAUCGUCACAACAACCCUAGCUAUCAUCUUAUUCACAGUGGCAAUCAUGGGUACAACCAUGAAGCCGCUGGUAAAACUGCUAAACAUUCGACUUGAUAGAGGUGAGAAGAAGAGUCUGUUUGUGACGCUUAAUGACUCCAUGCUGGACAACGUUCUCCUCUUUGUGGAGCAGUUAAUCUCUCGGCGAGGGUACAAUCGAAUUAGACACUUUUUCCUAAAACUCGAUGACAGAUACAUCCGGCCAGUGCUUCAGCGGAAUGCUGUUACACACGACAAGAAGAUACUGAAUAUAUACGCGAAAAUGGCACUGAAGAUGCACUCAGAUGCUAUUUCUUCACACGAACCAAUCAGUACUGUGAUUCCGAUAGAGGACGCAGGGGACGUUUUGCGACCACUCAUUCAGCUCGAAGGACCCUCAGAAUGUGAUGUAGACGGCUCAGUCUUCUUAUCGAAAGCCAGAGAAAAGGAAGUGGGUGUCGAGUUGGCUCCAUGUGUACUGAGACAGCGUAACGCUGCGAGGAUGCAACGUCGAAUCACUCUUGCCUCCCUCUCACGAGGCGGAAUCGAGCCCCAAUUUCGUCCACCGCAACGACAAGUGGCCGACUGGGCUCAAGUGGCGCAAAUUGUGAAGGUUUUCCGCAAUCAGGCUCAGCUGGCGCAUGCAAUGGGCAGGUACGUUAAAGAGCAAAGCCCGGAUGACCCCGAAAGAGCAAGCGGUGUUGCAGAGCGACGCAUCCGUUUUGCACGACAACACAAGCAACACCGUACGUCGAUGCCCGCAAUAUUUGGGCGUGCUAUGCGGAAGGCCAAGACCAAAAACGAGGACCCCACAAGUCCGAUCUAG